AGAUUUAUCGCUUGGAGCUGUACGUGCAUAACAAACAUGUCCACUGCUUCCGUCAAUUUGUGUUGUAAACCGUUGUCCAGGACUGUGGGAUAGGUAGUUUUAGUCCAAAUGAUGACAGUCGACUUGUGUGCGGAGAAAUAAAGAAGCAACAGCAGAAAUGACUGAACAUACGCCACUCUACCAUGACAUGGCUGACAAGCCACUGUUCGGGGAAUCACGACCCAGGGAUCGCAUGGUAAACCUGAUUGUUGGAGCCUUGACUGUGAUACUUGUGGUCUUCACCCUCAUCAGUGCGUUUGCGUUUCCAUCAUGGCCGCCGCUAGGUCUUAACGUGUAUUUUGCCAUCUGCAUCGUCUUGAUCUGCGCCUCUAACGUCCUACUGAUAAACUGGUACAGGCAGGGAGAUCUGGAUCCAAAGUUCCGGUUGAUGAUCUACUACAAUACGCUAUGCGUGCUGCUCAUCUGCAUUUGUGCCAACUGCUACUUCCACAAGGGCAAAUGAUACACUGGCAGUGUGGAGAAUCCGUAGCAACUCUGCAUUAGCAGCAAAUGUCAUUCACGCAGUCUUGUGUGAACCUGUUUUUCAUGGCUGAUAUUACGUGGGAUUGCGGGUAAAAGGCAGGUAAUUAUGCGAGCGUAACGUGCUGGUAAACUAUCUUGUUACGCUGCAUAAGUAGAUACAUGUAUCAGAAAGCUAGGCAUUUUGCUUUGUAGUAACUAUAGUGAUGAGGAUAAGGAGUUAUUACUGGUUUUUGAAUUCAGAUAAACCUAUAUAUAGAUAAUGUAGCCCUAAUCAAUUGCAAUUCUGAUGACAGUGCCGUGCUGGUUAUAAAUGCAGCGUGCCUGGUCGAAGAGGUACCGUGUCAUUCCCAAAGAAUUUUAUAUUGACCACAAAAUGGCUGUGCUAUGUCAAUUGCUAACACAAAGUAUGCGACUGAAGUAUUGGAUGCAACUUCUUAGAGACGAGGGAAAUAGUCAAAUUAUUGCAGAUCUUGUGUAAUUAUUUUUUGGUAUCCAGCGACAUAUUGGUAAUUCUUGUGACGAAUCAAGGUGGUAACACCAACGAAAAGUGAGCGAUGUUAUUUUCGCAGAUAAAACUAUAAUUUAAGAUUUGUUUUUAAGAUACCGGAUAUUGAUAGCUAUGUAUCAAUAAAGUAUCAAUAGUGUAUCAAUAAUAUUUAUGAUAAUGAAGAUGUAAAUAUUAAAAACUCAAAAUAAAUAUUAUAAUGCAACAAAAUGCA